AUGUUUUCAAUUUAUGAUAAGCCAAAGCAUGUAACUUUGUUGAAUAUCAUAUUGUUUUCAUUGUUAUUUGCAAUUUUCAAGGAUAUCAAAAUCAAAUUUUCUAAUUUUAGAUGUAUUCCAUAUAAUAAAUUUCAACAUUUUUCAGUAUUGUCCACAAAGCAACUCUAUUUAAGUGCUAAUCAAGAUCCAGAAAAACCUGUUCGAAAACAAAGAUCUAAAAACGAGGCAACUUCCUCAAAAAACACUACAAAUCCUGCUAAAAAAGAACAAAAUCCAUGCCCAGGUAACAAUACAGUUAUUGUAAACCAUAAAUGCAGAUGCAAAGCUGGAUUUAAAGGCUUCCCAUUAGAUGAACGUGGUUGCUUCAAAUGUGAUAGCUGCUAUUCAGAUGAAAUUUGUGCAUACCCAGGUCGUUGUACAUGUAAUUUUGGAAUGAUGAGAGCCGAAAAUGAAGAAUGCAUUGGAUCAUCACUCCAAAUGCUUUCAGUAUAUCCAACAACAAUAGAUAAAGAAUACGGAGGUACUGUUACCGUAGAAGUUUAUCCAAAAGAUGUAACAAUUAGAACUUUAUACUGCUUUUUCGGGCACCAAGUUACGAUAGCUCAAAAAGGUGAUAACCCAGGAGAAGUUAAAUGCCUUAUCAAAGCAUCCAAAAAGACAGAUUCAUUUUUAUACGUAUCAGAUUCAAAGACACAAUGGCCUGCUCAUGGCCUUUUGAUAAGGGUUAUUAAGCAUCCUAAAUCUGACUUCACUCAAGAAGCUCAAAUUGCAACAGGUUUAUCUCUUUUUGUUUGCUUAGGUUUUACCUUUAUUUCCUUCAAAUUCUUUAGAGCUCAGGCCGCUAAAGCAGCAAGAUACAAGCGAGAGCUUAACUAUGCUCCAAAUUAG